CUGCUGCUCCGCUUCAGAACCCCACAAAUGCAGGCUACAAGUCUCACUGCUGGCUGACACCGCCAAUAGCACCCUGCAGCUGGGCAAAGCGAUGGGGGAGGAGUGAGGCAGGAGUGGAGGAUGCGAGAGAUAGAGAGCGAGGAGGGAGGGAUCUGAUAGGAUGGGGUUUUUGAGAGUGAGACGGAGUGCGUGCGGUUGUAUCCGUGCAUGUACGUUGUGGGGGGGAUUGAUGUAGACCAAGAGAGGGACUGGGAGAAAGGCGAACCAGCGAUGUUGUUGCCAGGGAACAGUGGCAAUGAAGAAACCAUCUGUAAUGACUUAUGACGGAUAGACAGACAGGAAAUCUGAAAGACGGGGACAUUCACAGGAGAAAACAUAUGAAUACACAAGGAGACAGAAAAAAAUUAUUUGGAUUUAAUUGCUCCUAAAUUAAGAAUUUUACGAUUUUGAGGAAAGGGUGAACAGGAGGAGCUGAGGAGAACACAGAAAAUGGGGUUUUUAAAAAGUAUUAAUCCAUCUACCCAUGCAGAUGGAUGGACUUAUUAGCAGGGAUAAGAGCUGACAUGUUGAUGGUCACGACAUCUGAGUUAAAAGAGUAGAAAGGCAGAGUCCAGACAGAAAUGGUUAUUCAAUGACAAAUAUAGAAACAGAUACGGUUAUGAUAUCAUAGACCACAGGGACCUAAGUGGAAUACUGAAAAAUCCCCACAACGCUGCUCCCACUGCAGAGAACAGCUUUCUCUAGCACUCCCACCCAAACAACAAGGGGGUACGCCUCUACCUCAUCCUGCCCAGGAGGACAGCAAGCUGCCCUGUCUGGUCUCUUCACACACCUGCUGCUGUCACUGGCAAUCCCCCCCUAGAAACCAGGACUGGGGCCAAUAACUUCACACAAGACAAAAAGGAGAGAAAAAAACACACCAGGCAUGCAUUGCCGUUCAAUUGAAACAAUAACAUUUUCUUCUCUUGAGCCGAAGCGUCGCUGAUUCACGGGGAAGACGGGAAGGCAGGAGUUAAAGAAGGACCGACGGACAGAGGAGAACGGACAAAUCUGUCCCGUAAAUCAUCCCCAGCCCCGGCUUUCCUCUCUGGAGGAUGGGCACAACUGAGGCUACCUUACGAAUGGAGAACAUGGAAGUGAAGGAUGAGUGGCAGGAUGAGGACUUCCCCAGGCCACUUCCAGAAGACGGUGACAUGGAGACCUCCUGCGGACUCACUGAUGAUAGGACGUCUCCACCCACCUCCCUCAAUGUGGGUUUGGGAGGAGGGGGCUCAGGCCAUCGGAAGCGACGCACCUUAGUGGCCCCUGAGAUGAACCUGUCUCUGGACCACAGCGAGGGCUCUCUGCUGUCCGACGACUUCCUUGACACACCCGACGACCUCGACAUCAACGUGGACGACAUCGAGACACCGGAUGAGACAGACUCUCUUGAGUUCAUCACCAAUGGCAACGAGCUGGAGUGGGAAGAUGACACGCCGGUGGCCUCUGCCAAGGCCCCCCCGGGUGACCGGGCAGGGCAGGCAGGGGAGGACGGGGAUGGCGCGGGCGCAAACGGGCGGCUGUGGAGGACGGUCAUCAUCGGGGAGCAAGAGCAUCGCAUCGACAUGCAGGUCAUCAGGCCGUACCUACGCGUCAUCACGCACGGGGGUUAUUAUGGGGAGGGGCUGAACGCCAUCAUUGUGUUUGCAGCCUGCUACCUUCCCGACAGCAGCUGCGCAGACUACCACUACAUCAUGGAGAAUCUCUUUCUGUACGUGGUCAGCAGCUUAGAGAUGCUGGUGGCUGAGGACUACAUGAUCAUUUACAUGAAUGGAGCUACGCCACGCAGGAAGAUGCCCGGCCUAAGCUGGCUGAAGAAGUGCUACCAGAUGAUUGACAGGAGGCUGAGGAAGAACCUGAAGUCUCUGAUUAUCACUCACCCCUCCUGGUUCAUCCGCACUGUACUGGCCAUCUCAAGGCCCUUCAUCAGCGUGAAAUUUAUGGACAAAAUCCGCUACGUACACAGCCUGGAGGAGCUGGAACAGAUCAUCCCAAUGGAGCAUGUUCAGAUCCCCGAGUGUGUGCUGCAAUAUGAGGAAGAAAGAAAUAAGGCUCGAAAAGAAAGGAUGGAACAGGAACAGCAGCAGUAUCUGCCACAGCCGCACUCACAGCCUCCAGCCAAAACAGAAAGGCCAGCAUCUAUGGUGGAAGAGCAGGGACUGUAAGGUGAAUUAGAAGCUCUGUGCCUCCCAUUAGGAAGAAGUUUGGAGUGAGAAAAAAAAGCAUUUACACAUUCAGCGAGUG